ACAAAGUGGCGCAGGGAACAGACGCGUAACGUGUUUUUGAAUUUUUUCGGGCGCUCGUCUUCCCGUGUCUUCGUUUAAAAUUUUCCGUCUAGCGCGAAACAUAAAGCUUAUGUUUAAAUAAAUGAAUUGAAAAGUUUGUUUUUCAAUAACUAACAAAAUAUAGAGUGCUGGCGGUUUCGAUUAGGGAAAGUGUAUUUCAUUUAAUAGAAUUUACGGUAAUUUAUUUUGGGUGCCCAAUAAAAACAAGAAUUCACUUCAAAUGUGUGAAAAUGAAAAUUGUUUAACUCAAAUGUUUGUUUGUUUAAUCGCCAACUGAUUUAAUAAAAAUAUACAAAGGUAUAUGAAAUUAGGAAUGCUUGCAAUUGAUUUGAAAUCGGAUAUGCCAUCAAAUAAAACCGCCUAACAAGUGCUUAACUAAAAAUACAAAAACGCGACUAAGAAAGAAGCAGCAGUGAUAAUAUACAACAACAACAAUGAGGUAAAAAUACUUGGAAUUAGAUAAUGAAAAAGUAAAUGAUAAAAAAUUAUUAAGCAAAUAGAGAACAGUAAACAUUGAAUCAUAAAGUGAGAAGCAGCACCCCCCCCUCUUUAUCACAACCAACGACUGCAAUAGUUCUUGUUUCUUAGCAGUGACGAGCCAAAGUAGUGUUUUUUCUUUGGUGUAAACAAAACAACUGUAAAUGUGCAAUGUUUCAAAGUGUCGGGGUUUUUAUAAAUGUGUGAGUCCCUUAUGAGAAGGGGAAAAGGUAAUAAGAAAAAUAGACGUUAUAAAAUAAUUCGGUGUUUGUUUGUGUUUAUCUCAGUCACCGCACUCGGUAGAGAAAAUACCUUUAUCAACCUCGCUUAAAAGUGUGCCUUUCCCUCCCUUCUUAUGCCACCACUAACCGUUAACUGCUGGAGCAACACUAAAGCCCAAAAUAGCAACUGUGGAUAACCCCUUUCUGCUUUUCCUUUUUGUGAAUCAUCAUCAACAAAGAACAAAAAGUGAGUGGGCAAUCAAUCCACCACCCAACUCACCUCGGCGGCAAAACUUUUCCAUAGUUUUGUGGUGCGUUUGCUCUUUUAUUAUUGCCAUCCACAAAUUUUGUUUCAAACGUCUUGGUCGUUUUAUUUUAUUUUGCAACAACACACACUUGUUAUUUAACCGCAUUUAUUUAUGCCGGCACACAACAUAAGCGAAGCAACCAGACUAACUCCUUAAAUAAAAAAAAAACAACAAAUACAAUCGACGAAGACAACGGCAACGGGUAAAAACAACAACAAUAGCAACUUCAGUACUCGCCAAAACUAACAACAACAACAAACCCGAGUUAAACUCAUCCACAGUGCACUCACUAUAAAAGGGCAACAUAUACCACAGCAACAACACGAAACAAAGAAAUCAAGAGCACACACACACACACAUACACAAAACAACCAACCGCCCCAAAGGCAAUAACAACAGCAAAAACAUUAUCAACAAUACACCGGCAAUAAAGAGAACAACAGACACAAUUGGAAAUACAAAGUUAGAAUUUUUGUUGUUACCAAUUCGGAACGAAAAAGACUCGAACUCAAAUUCAAAAACAAAGCCGAGUUCUGUCUCAAUAUCCCUCUUAAAAAAUAUAAAACAAAUAAAAUCAGUGAAUGAAAAAGAGAGCAAUCAUCCAGAAAUAAAUACUUUUAAAUAAAACAAAGCUAUAUUAUUUCUAAAAUUAAAAUCGCCAAUUAUUUUUACCAGAACAUUUGAUUCGAAAAAUAAUUCCAACAACAUGAGUUCCUUCGAUUCCUCCCCAUCGUCCUGCUCCAUGGGUAAGAGAAAAAAUUGCGCUUGGCUGUCCUCGUGUUUCUCGUCAACACAACAAAAACACUACUGCCUUUCUUUUGGAAAUAUCUACUGCCGUCCUUUGGUUUUUCUCGCCAUUGCUCUUGUUUGUGGUCUAUUAACCCAUGCAUCAGAUGCUGCUUUGGAUUUAAAUGCAGCUCCACCACCGCCAUUGGCAGCGGCAUUAGCUUCACCCGGUGGCUCCUCGAUUUUGGAGCAAUUUAGCCCCAAUUGUAGCGCCGUGUCGCACAUCUUCACGAGUCGUGGCAUUGACCCGGCCGAAAUACCGCAGAAACCAAGUAACGAAAUGGGUCUGCGCUAUUGUGAAUCGCCAUCGGUGGGCACUUGUUGCACUCACAGCAUGGAAACCAAGAUGGCCAUGCAGUCACGUCUUCAAUUGGAGAAACAUUCCAAAGAACAAAUCCUAAAAAUGUCUAGAACGCUGAGUGAUAAAGCGCAAAAAUUUAACGAAAAUUUUCGUAAACUUUUGCAAGAAUCAAAAUCUGAAUUUCACAGUAUGUUCACCCGUACCUAUGGAGUGAUCUAUCAACAGAACGCCUAUGUUUUUUCGGAUUUGUUUAACGAAUUGGAAAACUACUACAAUCGCGGACGUGUCGAUUUGCUAGAUGUCAUGGAUACCUUCUUUAAUACUUUGUAUCAAAAAAUGUUUCAAGUCUUAAAUGUUCAAUACUCGUUCGAUGAAAAAUAUUUACGUUGUGUCAGCGAACAUAUGAAGGAACUGAAACCCUUUGGUGAUGUACCCGAUAAAUUAUCCGUCCAAAUUAAAAGAUCCUUUGUUGCCACACGCACAUAUGGUCAAGCUUUAAACACAGCAGCUGAUGUAUCCAAAAGAUUAGUUAAUAUUCGCCUUAAUGCCGAUUGCACCUCGGCUCUAACGAAAAUGCAGCAUUGUGGCUCCUGCAAAGGUUACAGUGAGAAACCUUGCACCAAUUAUUGUGUGAAUGUCAUCAAGGGUUGCCUGCAUUACUUCAACGAAUUAGAUACAGAAUGGGAAAACUAUGCCGGAGCUAUGGAUAAAGUGGCCGAACGCCUGUUGGGCUCUUUUAACAUUGUCAUGGUUGUAGAGCCCAUAAAUAUUAAAAUUUCCGAAGCUAUAAUGAAUUUUCAGGAUUCCGGCCACGACAUCACCAAUCGCGUCUUCCAGGGUUGUGGUCGCCCCACCUUGGGUCGUUCCAAGCGUAGCAUAAAUCCUAAAUUCCCCGCUAGCGAAGAAACCAAACAAAAUCAUCAUGUGAAACGUUCCGCUGCUGCAAAUGACAUUGAGCAAUUGGAAAGUGAUAUUCUGGAUAUUGAUGCUUCUCUGGAUGAUGCGAUUAUACUGAGAGAGAAACGCGCCGCUGAUCCUGGUAAUCGUGAUAGCAGUGAAGGUGAUAACAAUGGAGGUGGGGGUGGCAAUAAUCGUCGCAACAAUAAUAAGCGUAAACAGCAAAAUCGUAAAAAUGAUGAUAACGACUAUGGACGAGAUCCCGCCCUGGACAAGCUAGUCAAGGAUAUACGUCAACGCGUCAAGGAUUACAAAAAGUUCUGGUCGAAUUUACCACAUCAGAUAUGUAGCAACGAUGAGAUUUCUACUUCCACUGACGCUGAUGGUAUGUGCUGGAAUGGUCAUACCAUUGAUAGAUACAUGCAUUCGGUUUCCACCGAACAUAGUUCCAAUCCCGAGUUUCCGGGCAAUCCAGCUACUACCAAGCAAACUAGUCAAGUCGCCACUCAAGUGUAUUAUUUGAAAAAUGCCAUUAGUCAUUUGAGGAAUGCCUACAAUGGUCAAGAUGUGGAUUGGAGUGAUCAAGAAGAACCAUAUUACGGCAGCGGUGCUGGUUCUGGUGGUGGCGUCGAUGACGAAGAUGACGACGAAGGUUCUGGUUUGGGUAGUCCCUUUACACCUAGCCAAAAACCAGAUCCAACUGAACGACCCAAUAUUGAUGGCAAUCGUGUGGAUGAUGAAGACGAUGACGAAGAUAUUGUCAAACAACGUACUGACAUCGGCAUGGGCGGUGGCAUUAUUGGUGGGGCUGGUGGUGUUGGUGGUGGCAUACAAACACAAACCUCAAGGCCGCAUAGUCCCCAUAAUACCAAUACCCUGGAUGAAGAUGAUGCCGAUAGUCACCACGACCAUCACGAGGAUGAUGACAUUGAUGAAGACCUCAAAUCAAGCGGGUCUUCGAGACCCGAAAAGAUGUCUUUACGCCGUGCUUUAUUCAUGUAUUUGGUGCCAUUGUAUAUGGCCUGGUUUGGUGGCAUAAUUGUCGAUUUGCUGUGAUUUGUUAUUUAGAUUUUAAUUUGUUUUUACGUUUGUUUUUUUUUUUAAUUUUUAUUUAACGCAAAACAAAUUUUAAGAUAAAAAAAUGUUUAGUAGGAAAACGGAAAGAUGAAAAAACUAAUUUUGGUUAUAAAAUGCGUAAUCGAUGUAGGUGAUAGUAAAGCAAUGUGGGAAAAUUAUGAAAUUAUCCUUUUUAGGGAAAAUUAAAAAUGCGUUUAACCCCAACACAAAACAAAACGAAACAAAUCAUGUAUAAAUUAUAUUUUUUGUAUAUACAUAAAUAAGAAAUACAUACAUACAUGCAUGCCUUACAAGUAGCUGUGUAUGCAUGUACAUAUGUGUUUGUCUUAAUAGAUUUUUAUUUUAAGAAUUCUUCAUAUUUUUCUCUAAAUCAAAAUAGAUUUUCAUAAAUUCAGCAGAGGGACAAAACAAAUAAUUUUUUUUUUGCCAGAAACUACGACUGCGUAAAGCAAUUACCUAUUAAGGGCCAUAAAAAGUGUCAAAUUGUAAUGUAAAACAACAUACCUGGUUUGGGUACAGCCAUAAUUCUUAAUGCUUUUUUUUUAACAUUUCAAAAUAUUUGCAUUACCUAGGAAAUUUCUUAGUCUAUUUUUCCCUUCAAAAUUGAUUUCAAGAAAACAACUUUUAACAAAUGACCCAACCGCAUUAAAGGAAACCAAACGAUAUACGUUAACCAUACAAUGGGUAUUCGAAAAGAAAAACGCCUCCUCCACUCCCCACCUCCUCUGAUACGCUCCUCUUCAUUUCUUAUACACGAACCUUGUAGCUGUUAAGCCUCAAAUAUUUACAAAAACAAGAUUAAGUGAAUGAAAACAAAUACAAUACAACAUAGAGGUAUAUCUAUACAUUUUAACUAAUCUAUACAAACAUAUUUAUAUUCUGUUAGUUGAUAGAAACGAAAUGUAACUAUACAUUUUAAACUGUAUAACCAGAAGCUGCAUUUGAAUUUGUAAUAAUCCAGCCUAUGUAACCCGAAUCGAACUCCAAAACGCGUUAAGCAAAUCCAAGUGUGCGAAAUUGUUAUGAGACAUAGAUGAAAAAAAAAAACAGAAAACAAAAAGUUUAAACGAUGCAUGUUGUAUGUGAUAAUGACUGAAUGAAAUUUAUAAUUGAUUUUUUAAUUAAAACAAUAAACUAAUUAAUUAAUUAUAUGUAAUAUAUCCUCUCAGCCCGAAAAAAAAUGCUAACAUAUUGAAAUCAAUCUAGCAAGGCAACAUAUUUAAGCUAAAAUAAGAGCAGACUUUCCAAACACUUUUCCAGUAUAGCUAUUGGUAUCAUAACGGGACACAUAGCACUACGAGCCCACUUAUUUAAAACGGUGCGGCAAGUGAUAGCAUGUGAAGGGCAUGCGGGGAAGAUGAUGAGACGUUGGAGCAUUUGCUUUGUCAUUGUUGCCCGGCUUUCACUUCAGGUACCGGCACUUAGGUGGGCACACAAUACCACACAUGAACCAACUAAGGGGCGUGGCAUGAAAAACAAUUAAGGAUUUUGUAAGUAGCACGGAAUUCCUAACUUAGAUUUUCUUUUUUGAGUUUUUUUUUAGUAUUUAGAGCGCACAACAAGCCGAUUACUGGUCUAAGUGUAUGUCCAUGGCCAUGGCAUGGGGCGGAUUUUUGAACCUUAUCUAUCCUAAAUAUGUGGGUUUAUUGGGUAUUAUUCCAUGCAUUCUGUGCAAUGCUGUAUUGGCUAGCCUUUUACCAUCUAAUUUAAACUGCAAGGAUCACCCCUUUUAGUUAAGGGUAACAAAAUUAAAUUAAACAAAAAUAAAUUAAGACCUUUAAGUUAAUGGUGAGAAAGUUAAAAUAAAAAAAAAGAACAGGAAAAAUAUAAAAUUGUAAGCAGACCACAGAGUGCCAGUGUUGUGAGCAGCUUUCGUUCGCUUAUUCCAUCCAAGUUAACAUUUUUGAAAUACACAACCCCUAUGAAAAUCUGGCCU